GGUGGUGCAGCAAGCAUCUCCAACGCGCUGGCCAGUCAGCCACCCCUGCUGUCUUUUCAGCAUCAACAGCAAAUCAUCGACCUGAAAGUGGCCGCCUGCAGGGUCCUUUCUACCACGCACUACAUCGACUCGCAAAAGUCCUCCACGCUAGCCGCACUCUUCAAAGGCAUCUGUUCGGACUCACCAGCCAUUCAUAAGAUAGCCUUUGAGUGCAUCCGUGAGUUUGUCAGCCACACCACCAUCGAUUUGGAGCUGCGACAUACCUAUGUCAAGCCUAUUUUACAAAAUAUUCGUCAGGUGGCCAACUUGCGUCUUUCCACUAUUCGCCAGUUAGCCUACUGCGCCGAACUGUUUCCCAGCACCUUUAGUGAACGUUUUUGUGACGCUAUUCACUGUCACUUGAAUGCUUUCGUCGAAUUGAUUUCCAAUCGCCCAGAGGCGGUUUCGAAGUUUGGUGCGUCUCAACAGCCCGUCGAACUGGCAUCGUCAUUGAUCGACCUUUAUCAUCUAAUUCCCCUGGCGACGGAAAAAUACGUUGGCAUUCUGAUUGGCCAAGUUAUUCGAAUGGAACAGCUUCUCAAUAUCGAGCUUACCAGUCCCCUGCGUCUACCCCUCGUGCGUUUUCUGGUACGGUACCCGGAAGAGACCUUCCGUCAGUUCCUACACGGAUCAAUAUGGCCUUAUGAUGCUCAUGCCCAUCGUCUGUUAUUGUUCGCUGUGACAUGCAGUGAGGGUCUUCCGCUUGUUACUUACCUUGAGUCACACGUUGGACUUCUUGCCGAUGUUUUGAAAAUCUCUGACACGGAUUCAAGUCUGAGUGAAGCUCAGAUUCUGAUAGACUCACAAGUAGUCUUCUUUCCGCAGUUACUCAGAGUGCAACCCAACUUGUUUCAUACAAAGGCGGGGAGCCCAAAACCUGAUAUUUCAUUUGUGAGUAACGGCGUCGGUGAAGCUCGAUUUAGACUGCCGGAUUCUCCUCCGACUGCAAGAAUUGGCACACUUUUGGAGAAGAUGUUUUCGGAUGUGGUUUUUGCAAACUCUGGUAUAAUGCACACACACAGAACCGUAGAUUAUGCGCAACGCGACAACGCGCCCACACCAAAUCUGCACUAUUUCAAAAUAGUCAACUAUGGUAUUUAA